AUGAUUUCGCUGAUUCGUGAGGGUGAUCGAGACUUCCCUCCGCCGAUACCUGAACCUGGAACUGCUCCUAUAGCAGGAAUUCUCGGUCUGGGACAAGGAACCUCGAAUUUUUGUUUGGUGCUUCGGUUAAAAGUUGAUAAAAAAUUUGAAUAUUGCUUGGAGUCAUACGAUCUUGAGGAUGCUGAUGUUUCACACACGUACUUAAGAUUUGGUUCCGACGCAAUAAUUGGAGAAGGACCUGAAGUACUUACAACACCAGUAAUCCAAGAUCCAAACUUCGGGACGCCUUACUACUUGAAUCUAUUGGAUAUUGAUGUAAAUAACAAAAGCGUAAGGUUUGAAAAAAGCGAUUUCGAGAUUAAGGAGGAUGGAACUGGUGGGACUGUCAUAGAUUCAGGGUCUCCAUUAACCACUAUGAUUAGGCGUCAUUAUGAAAGAGUUGAGGAAGCGGUGUUAGAAUAUUUUGAAGAAUUUGGUAUUCGUCCUGUUGAUUCUGAACCUGGUUUCGAUCUUUGUUUCCGUGUACCAGACAAUUUCAGAAAGUAUCCAACGAUGACAUUUCAUUUUGAGGGGGCGGAUUUUGUUAUUCAACAAUGGUCUGGUAUUUUUGCCUCAUUCCAAGAUGUCAACUUGCUAUGUUUAGGUAUCGGUAGCUUGGACGACGACGAGGAAGGUGAUUUUAUGUAUGUUGUUAAUUUAGGAGCUAUGCAACAAGCUAAUAAGAGGAUUUUAUACGAUCUAGAUGCCAUGAAACUCUCAUUUACUGAAGAGGAAUGCAAUUUAGGUUCAUGA